CAUAGCUAGUAGUUAGUUUGAAUACAUUCUCAUACUCCUGAAGCUCAUACUAUUCUAAGCCAUAAACAUAACUAUCUUAUUAUAUUCCUUCCUUAAUAAGCUCUGGUUAUACAUUGUUCCCUUGCUCUAGGAAGCUGAACCCUUCCGAAGUGGCUUACAUUAGUGAAGCUAGUCGGUAUCGGGAAAGUAUUCCUAACAAAAGUUGAAUUACCGAAUCAUUGAAUAGGGCAAGGAACAAUAUCUUAUGUCUACUGUCUCUAAGAGAAGUAGCGGGAGUCAACAACAGUCUGGUCCACCGAAGAAGAAGGUUGAGGUUACUCCAACCACCAGUGCUGCUGGCCCAUCGACACACAGAACAGCAGUACCUCCACCACCUCCGCCACCACCAAGAGAUCCGGAAGUUCUACCGGACGCUCAGUUGUUUGACGACUCAGAUCCAUCCGAUUCAGAUUCUGAUUCUGGAGGCGAGAGCCUCUUUGACGGCGGUGUGGCUCGGCCAGAAGUUAAUCCGCCUGAACCCUUUGAGGGAGAGCGAUCCAAAUACGAAGCCUUCAGGUCUCAACUCGGGAUCUAUAUCUACUGGAAUCAGGACAAGCUCGACACCGAAGAAAAGAAAGUCAUGUGUGCUGUUUCCUAUCUGAGAGGAAACGCAUACACCUGGAUCCAGAGGCGAGUUGACCAGUACAUCUUGAAGAAAGGAGAUGUCCCGCACGACGUCAAGAGAAUCUUCCAGAGCUAUUCAGUAUUCAUGGGAGAAAUGGAUCAGUACUUUCAGCGAGUUGAUGAGGCUCACCUGGCUGAGGAGAAGUUAUUGGAACUACGACAGAA